CGCUGAAGGACGAGCGCUUCGAGCUGGGGGUGACCAUGGGCGCGCUGAAGGACGAGCGCUUCGAGCUGGGGCUCUGGGGUGACCAUUGGGUGACCGUGGGUGGUCUGUGUGACCCGUGGGUGACUGCGCUGAAGGACGAGCGCUUCGAGCUGGGGCUACGGGGUGACCCGCUGAAGGACGAGCGCUUCGAGCUGGGGGUGACCAUGGGUGUGCCCCCCGAGCCCCCGUUGGUGGAGGCGGGGGCGCUGGCGGUGGAGGGGGAGGAGCUGGAGCUCACCUGCCUCGUGCCCCGCGCCCGACCCCCGGCCACGCUGCGCUGGUUCCGCGACCGCCGCGAGCUGCCAGGCCGCAGCAGCCUCCGGCAGGACGGCAAGGUGUUCUGGCAGCGCUCGGUGCUGCGGCUCCGCCCCGAGCGCCGCGACCACGGCGCCAUCGUCACCUGCGAGGCCACAAACCCCGCCCUGGGGCGGGGCCAGCGCCGCCUCACCCAAUACCAGCUGGACGUGCAGUGUGAGCCACUGGGGUAUACUGGGUUAUACUGGGGGGGGCUGGGAAAGGACCCCGGCGCGGUGGUGGCGGCGCAGGGGGCGGGGCCUUUCGCCGUGGUGGGCGGGGCCUUGGCGCUGCUGGUCUUCCUGCUGCUGCUGCUGCUCGGGGCCCUGGUCUGGUGCUCCGUGCGGCAGAAAGGUGGGCGGGGCUUCCCCGGGGGGGCGUGGCCUCCGGAGGGGGCGGGGCUUUACACAACGGGCGGGGCUACAGCGGGAGGGGCGUGGUUUGCUGUCUGGGG